AAAAAUAAUACCAUAUUUUUCGAUAUGGUACCGCUCGAACUCGAUAACUGUACUGAGACGCUCUCGCCGACUUGAUACUCUGAGCCGUGUUCUUGGGACCCACCACACUUGCCACUGCCACGUGGAAACCCACAUGCGGUUAAGCGAAAGUUAUAUGUGGACAGCUAACAAAGACCAAGAGUCAAAGCAACUGAUUCUGGUUUCCUGUGUCGUGUUAUUCUAGGAAGAGAGAUUCGGCGAUAUCUGCCCUGCAAUGGAUGAGGAUGAUAAGACCAACCCAUCUCAGAUUCAUAGGUUUCUCAUCGUUUACGCCAUGAAAGCCCUGUUUUUUUUCCCCCUGUAAUCUCUGCUGUUUGUGAUGAUUCAAGCUUCUGUUUGUAGGUGUUCGAUGGUUUUCUCAAGUGUGUUUUUGGGGGAACGUUUUUGAUGUUGGUAUCAGAACUUUUGCGAAAAGUUAGAGAUGAACCGUCAUUUAGUUCACGCCCUGAUAUAGCCAUCGAUUUUGGAGUGUGAAAAAUGAACCAUGACCAGUUAGUGUGCUGGCACCGUUUUGGAUUAGGUGCCACAGUAUCUUCUAAACUUAUGCAGUGUGUUUUCUAUGCUAUGAUUUACAUUGCCAUGCGAUUCAUGAAGUUGUAAUCUUUAUAUGUUUGAAAGAGUUUCUUUUUUUUAAAUCAUGCUUUGUCUGUGAUGGUAAAUAGAACGAAAACACUGACUUGGACAGUCUUAAGGCCUUGAGAUUACAUCUUUCUCUCACUCUGCAUUCUGGUGCAUGAACUCAUGGUCACUACAACAACUGAUCAUCUACAGGCUGAUUACUGUGGUACUUUGUGUCUUCAAGCGUCUUCUCACAUUGAUUUGAAUUGAAGUUUUGUGAUUUCUGCUCACACCAUGUCUCAGAUCUGUGAAGCUGAAAACUCAAGAAUUUGCAAUGUUGGAUUCAGAUAUGAGUUGCAUCUAGUUCUCGGCCCGUGUUAUCUUAUCCUCUUGUCUCCUUAGCAAGAACGUCAUGCUUGCUUCUUUACUUUGGUAUAGUUCUAUCUAGUGGCAAUUUAUGGCUUUUAAAAACAUGAGGUUUGCUUUCAGAGAUAUCAGCAAUCCGGUAGUUGAUGCGGGGUCUUCUGACUCAGGCAGGAAGAGGAAACUACUAGAUGGUGUAUUGGAACUUCCCCUGCCAAAACAUGUUCGCCUUGAGCAAACUUCUAUUGAUGAUCCCUGUUCUCCAUUAGACAGGUUUCUCAGUAAAUCACCAGAGACUACAGAAUCAGAUAUGGCUAUUGACCACAGCUUUUCUGGGGAUUAUGACUUUGCAGAAUGCUCCAAUUCCACAUACGAAUCUAAGAUCGGUAAAACUUUGUCUGAUGGAAGUUCUCCUUUUGAGGUCAUAUGUGAUGACCUUGCUUCAUCAAGCACUGACUGUAUAUCAUCCAAAGAUUAUGGAAAAACCCAAGCGAGUCAAGACCUAAACCAGCUUGAGUUCCUUAGUUCUGAGUUUGCCAUGGAUGGUUUCGACCAGCUCCAGGAUGAAGACGCAGAUGCAGGAUCUUACCUCCUCUCAUCUCCAAGAUUGAGUGACAGCUCCCAAGAUGCAGAUACAAGGGAACCGACCAUUGAUCAAGAGUUCGAGCAAUACUUCUCUUCGCUUAUGAUGUAGCAGCUACCACCACGAUGGUUUGUAAAUACUGGGAUCCAAGAACAAGAUGGUUGUAUGUGCAGAACACGAGUUUGGUUUUUAAGACAUUUGGAUCCUGUAAACUUCCUGCCUCCUGCCUGUGAUCUUCCUCUUUGUGUAUUCCAAAUCUUCCUACUUUGAUCUGUAAAUUAUAUGUUCUCUCUCUUUCUUCA